AUGACUGAGCAGAGCGAGAGCAGUGUCCAGAGCGUCCAGAGCGACCGUCACAAACACAAAAGUGUGUUUAACGAGCUGAGGGACAGACAAAUGUUCUGCGACGCUGUGCUCCUCGUACAACACCAAACAUUUCACGUGCACAAACUGAUCCUCAUUGACUCCAGCCAGGUUUUUGGAGCCAUGUUUGAACGCUGGGACCAUCACAACGAUAAAGUCUUCACAGUCGGUGGAAUCUCUCCUGAGACCAUGUCCCUGGUGCUCGAGUGGAUCUACACCAAAUCCAUUGUCCUGCGCGCGGAGACAGUCCAGGACCUUCUGUUGGCUGCUGACAUGCUGCUGCUGGACCAGCUCGUCCUGCUCUGCUUCCAGUUCAUGGAGGAGAACAUGAGCCCGGAAAACUGCAUCGGCAUCUGGAAGUUCUCGGAUGUCGUAAUGUCCAGCAAAAUUCGGGAUUUGGCCCGGAGGUUCAUCCUGAGGAACUUUGAGGAGGUGAUGGACUGUGAGGAGUAUCAGGAUCUCACUGGAGAAGAGCUUAGUGGAUUUGUAGAAAGUGACGAACUCCACGUAAAAGACGAGACCGUCGUUUUUAAGGCUAUUGUGCACUGGACCAACCACAACGUCCAGAAACGCAGAGGGCAUUUUCCACAACUGCUGACAAAGGUCCGUUUCGUUGAGAUUUCGUGCAACUUCAUACGUGACAACAUUCUCAAUAACCCCCUGGUGAACAACAUCUCCUGUUCAUCCAUAAUGACAAACACCAUGGACACCAUCUCUGAACUUCUCAUCAACCCCGGCGCCCUGCACCGCCUGCACCGCUCCCGACUCCCUGAAGCCGUCCUCUUGGCCGUCGGAGGCAAGUGCGGCGGCAAUGCCACCAAUGAAAUCGAAGCGUACGACUACAAGGUCGAUCGCUGGGUUCACAUCAUGAACGCCGAGAGGCCCAGAGCGUACCACGGCUGUGUGUUCCUCGACGGAUCGCUCUAUUGCGUCGGAGGAAAUUACAGAUGGGAGUAUUUUAGCAGCGGGCAGCGUCUGGACCUGGCGACCAACACCUGGCACGAGAUACCCCCCAUGAACUACAGACGCUCCUUCGUGAGCAUGGCGGCGCUGAACGGCCUCAUUUAUGCCAUGGGCGGCUUCGACGGGAACACGAGUCUCAACACGGCCGAAGUGUUCGACCCCCAGACCUCCUGCUGGUCCCUGAUCACCCCCAUGAACGAGCAGAGGAACGACGCCAAAUGUGCCGCUCUGAACGGAAAGAUCUACAUAUGUGGAGGCUUCGACGGCUCUCAGUGUGUGCAGACAGCCGAGUGCUACAGUCCAGAAACAAACCAGUGGAGCUUUAUCGCUCCCAUGACGACCAGACGCACUGGGCUCAGUGUCACCGCCUACGGCAACAGCAUCUAUGCGGUCGGGGGUUUUGACGGGAAUGAAAACCUCCGCAGCGUGGAAGUCUACAGUCCACGCUCCGACUCCUGGAGGGAGGUGGCGCCCAUGAACACCACACGCUGUAACUUUGGCAUCGCCGUCUUAAAUAACCGGAUCUUCGCUGUGGGCGGAUACGACGCCUUCUCCACCACCCUCAGUGUGGAGGCGUAUGACCCCCUAGUGGACAGCUGGAGCAAGGUCUGUGACAUGAACAUCUUCAGGAGCGGCUUAAACUGCUGCGUCAUCUCCGACCUUCCCAACAUGUCCGACUACACCUUCUCCAGACACGCUCUUCCUCUGCUCGAUGUAGAGACAGACGACGACGACAAGGAGUUUGAGGACGCCACAUAA